AAACUUGUUCCUGGCCUGUGGGCGCCGGCCGGCGGUCCCCCGCCCCGUCGGCCCACCCGUGCGGUCCCGCCCCCCGGCGGCCCGGGCGCCUUGGCCAGCCCUGCCCCCGGCGCCCCCAGUGUCCGCCAUGGCCAAAGCCUACGACCACCUCUUCAAGUUGCUGCUGAUCGGGGACUCGGGGGUGGGCAAGACGUGUCUGAUCAUUCGCUUCGCCGAGGACAGCUUCAACAGCACCUACAUCUCCACCAUCGGAAUCGACUUUAAGAUCCGCACCGUGGACAUCGAUGGCAAGAAGAUCAAACUGCAAGUCUGGGACACGGCUGGCCAAGAGCGAUUCAAGACGAUCACUACUGCCUAUUACCGCGGAGCCAUGGGCAUCAUCCUAGUGUACGACAUCACUGAUGAGAAAUCCUUCGAGAACAUUCAGAACUGGAUGAAGAGCAUCAAAGAGAAUGCCUCCGCUGGGGUGGAGCGCCUCCUGCUGGGGAACAAGUGUGACAUGGAGACCAAGAGGAAGGUGCCCAAGGAGCAGGCCACCAAGUUGGCACAAGAGCACGGCAUCCGGUUUUUCGAGACAAGCGCCAAAUCCAGUGUGAACGUGGAUGAGGCCUUCAGUUCCCUGGCCCGGGACAUCUUGCUCAAGUCUGGAGGCCGCAAAUUGGGAAACAGCAGCAAGUCCCCUGGCACAGAGCUGAAACCCAGCGACAAGAAGGGCACCAGCAAGUGCUCCCUGGGCUGACGACCCGGCGGGCUUCCCUCGGCCAACGCCGGGUGGGCCGCUCCACGUCGGAGGGCGCGGGGCUGAGGGCCUUGGAGGGCU